AUGGCCUCCGAAUCAACCCCCUCCAAACCCGGGGGCACAUUGUCGCUCUACGCCAACCUGCUCGAUCCGUCCGCCGACAACUCUCCCGGAACGAUUGCUCGCGCCCCCGUCGUCUUCAAACAGGGCACCGAAGGUAGCCCCGAGCCGGAGGAAUCCGCUGCCAAGAAGCAGCAACUGAAUGCUGCUUCCCUCAGAUUCCAACCUACCAGGAGACCCCAGUUAGCGUCACAGAAACCGAAGCCCAAACCAACAUUACCCAAGGCUGCUCCACCUGUCCCAUCUGCAGCCGCCCCAGUCAAGACCACUCUUGCUGAUUGGACAGCUACCGAGGACGAUGUCAAUGGGUUCUAUGCCGGUCCGAAGAGGCAGCGAGGUGGUCGCAAGAAGCGCAAGAAGAACCGCGAUGCGCAGGAGUUUCUGCAGAAUUGGGACGAUAUCUACGACCCUUCGCGACCGAACAACUACGAGGAGUACAAGCAUAGCGACGAACAAAUAGCCGAAGUCCGGGAGUGGAAGGAUCGUCUUUACGCACAUCGUAUGGUGAGAUCCCCCAGUAGGGACUCGUACAGCGAUGAUGACUAUGCACGGCCCAUGAACCGCCAGUUUGCUCCUCCGAGCAGCUUCGCACCGCCUCCCAACCUCAAUGAUAUGCCGCCUAAGCCACCAGUGGAAUCACCGCCUCCAGAAGGAGCAAGUAGGACUCCGGAUGAUAUUCCUAUGUCCGAUAUUCCUCCGCCACCCCCGCCGCUUGAUGAACCCCCGGCGCAGGCUCCCGACGAUCCUACAGGCGAAGAUGCCUACUUACGACGUUUCCAAAUGUCGGCGGGUGCCCAACCCGCGGCGAGCCCUGCCGCUCCGCCACCACCUCGGCCUUUGGAGGCAUUGCAGCCAGCUUCCGCAACCAUAUCCCGCGCGCCAGUUCGGUAUACGCUGCCUCCUCCGCCGGCGGAUAUCCCUGCAUCCGAAGCGGAACUCGAAGAGGCAUUCGCAAACGAGCAGCCAGUGGAGGAAGAACCGGAAGAAGGUGGCCAGCGCUCGCUGCGACCAGGGCAGAAGGGAUUCGCCGAACGACUCAUGUCAAAGUACGGCUGGACCAAGGGGUCCGGGCUGGGCGCAACAGGAUCCGGUAUCGUCAAGCCCCUGCAGGUCAAAGUGGAGAAGCAAAAGAAACGGCCAGACUCGGAAGGGGGUGGUUUUGCUACUCCCGCUGGUCGGGGCAAGAUUAUCGGUGGCGCAAGGAAGGCCGAAGAGGAGAGCAAAUUUGGUCCCAUGAGCGAGGUCAUCAUCCUCAAGGGCAUGCUUGAUGGGAUGGAUGUGGAUGCUGAGUUGGCGGGGGAUGGAGAGGGUGGGGGUCUGAUGCAGGAGAUUGGAGAAGAGUGCGGCGAAAAGUACGGCCGUGUUGAACGUGUUUUCGUACCAAGAGACUCGGUGCCCCCAGUCCCAGUGUUCGUCAAAUUUACCAAUCAACUAUCAGCCCUACGUGCUGUUAAUGCCCUUGAGGGACGUAUAUUCAAUGGAAAUGCCAUCACCGCCCGGUUCUUCGACGUGCAAAAGUUUGAAGAAGGGAAUUAUGAUAGUUGAUCACAAGCAAUCUUGUGCCUAAUCCUCUUGCAUGUCUUCGAUUUCAGAAGACUAGUGACGAAAUACUAAAUAAAUGAAUACCGACGGCCAUGUUAUCUCCUUCAAUAGCACGAAGGAUACUAUAUCUCUGAUCAGACGGCAGACUUGCCUGGGGCGAUCGUGAUGGCGUUCUGUUGGUGCUCAGUGCUCAGUGCUGGACAAGUAAAUUGAGUUUGAAUUAAAAUCGAAAUCUGAGUCAACAAAGAGACAGAUGUGAGGACAAAGUGAUUGUCGGGAUUGUCCGAUCAUAAAGUAGAGCAAGGUGCUCUUCAUAUAAGCGCAAAGAGCGCGGGGCACCCCGGC